CUCCCAAUAAUCCAUUGAAGAGCAAGCAAGCAGGGAAGACGCAGGGAAUAUAAUAACUGAUUCGAAAAGAAAACAAAAAAAAACCUCGGAAAUAAAGCGCAGUAUAGACAAACACACAUCAGACCGCCUUUAAUACUUUAAUAUUUUUGUUUGUUUAAAAAUAAGUCAAAGGCAAUAUCUAUUUUUAUUUAUUUUUUGCUGAUUACAGAACAUUGUUGGAAAAUGCAAAAACUCUGUGCACUUCUCGUCUUAUUUUUCCUAGCAUCUGUUUACACUGAAUCGCAGGUGAGGGAGACAGAAACAUGGGUCCCUUCUGAACAGAAAUCAGAUGACGACUUCGAGGUCGUCUCGGGUGACUCUCCCAACAGCUCUGACUUCGACUUCAUGAACCAGGACGAGCUCGACACUUACGAUGACGAGGAUGAUGAAGACGGUGAGGACUACGAUGGCUCUGGUUCCGGCGAUAAAGAUGAUGAUGAAGUUGUAAUUGAGAAUCCCAAAGACUCCAAUGAUGUGGUUUCAAAGUCUCAGCCGGACCUUAACAGCAACAGAAUCCCCGAAGACAAGAGGACUGUCGGCAAGAAGAACGAGGUGGAUGAGAAGGAGCUGGUCUCCCAGAACGAGGUGGGAGUGAGGAGCAAGGUGCCCAGCGACGAGGUCAACGGCAACGUGCUCAUGGCAAGCACUUCAAACGAGAGUGUGUUUGAAAGAAAAGAGGUCUUAGCAGCUGUGAUCGCCGGGGGUGUCGUUUUCCUGGUCUUCACCAUCCUCCUCAUCCUCGUCGUUGUCCUCCUCAUCCAUCGCAUGAAGAAGAAGGAUGAAGGGAGCUACGAGCUCGCCAAAAAGCCCAUCUACACGAAAGCCCCCACAGCCGAGAUCUACGCAUAGAGCCCUCUACGGACUUCAUAACAAUGGGGCCUCCAGCUCCCGGGAAAGACUUUCUCUGCUACUUAUAUGCUGAAGCAACAAAUUUCAGACUUGGUCGUGCUUAAAACAAUUAAAAUAGAUUGCAGGAGAUGAAACAACUACAACAAAAGAGAACCAACAACCUUCAGUAGAAUUUUCAAACAGAAGUGACCUAAAGAGGGGUGUCGUCAUUGGGGCUGUUGCUACUGUAGCCACUUGGGGGUGGGGGUGGGGGUGGGGUGAUGUUUUAAAGAAUGCCCAGAGGUGAGGUUUUAAGUCUUGGAUCACUCGUUUUUAGGCCCUUUUUUGAUUUUUCAGCAACUUUGUCUUGACACUAAUAUGAUGCAAAAGAACUCUCAUGAAAUUGUUGAGAGUUAGCCCUGAUAGACCAAAUAAAAGACCCAGCUCUGGUGCUGUUACACUGUGCGACUAGUGUUUUGUUUCUUGAAGGAAAUGGACCCCCAUUCCACGAGGCUACUCUGAGCAGGGUCUCCACAGACCGUGUAUACCAAAUGCUUAAACUUAAGAAAAGCCAAAUAUAUAUAUAUAUAUAUUUAAGUCCAAAAUGUUCCAUAUGUUUUGGCUGCAUAUUUCACAGCUGCUUAGAAUUGGAUUUGUUGUAGGCCUCUUCUGGGAGUGCUCAUGUGCUUCUGUAUUUUAUUAAAAAUGCCGUGCUGUAGACUUUUUUUUUUUUUUUAGGUUUGUAGAAAUUUCCUAAAUAAAAUUAUUGUUUUGUAUUAAUUUAACUGUUCAAAAUUAUUGUAUUGUUUUUCAGUAUGGGGAGUAUUGCCUUACACCCCCUCUCUAAGUUGUUGUAUAUGUGUUAAAUUUUAUAUACUCGGGUAGACUUUUUUUUUUUUUUCCCCCAUGUGUUCAGAAAUAGUUUUAUAACAGUUUUUAUAUUGUAAAAGUUUCUUUCAUUUUAACUGUUACUGUAAGCAGUAUAUUUUGUAGAAGGAAAAAAUAUAACUUCAGGGCUUUAUUAUUGUUAUUAAUAUUAUUGUUUUGUAUUUAAUUUUCGCUUUUAAGUGACCCGUGUGCCAUGCACAUGGCAAACAUGCUGCUCUUUCAAACCGGACAUGAAACACUAUUCUGUAGCAAUGUGACUCAAAGUGAACCUUGCAUUCAGUCAGAAUGCAGGGUUUUGCAUUAUUGUUUUGGGAGGUGAAGGGUUAACCCCAGGAGCCUGCUGCAUGUUACUGACUCCUGUUAAACUAACAGCACUGAUCUGCUGCCGUUCAAUCUGCUUCUUAAAUUAUAACGUGUUUGUCAUCCUGGUACUAAAGUAACGCUGAGAUUUCAACAUUAUAUAUUAAAGAUUUUAUAUAUUUUUUGGGCAGGGAUUUUUAGACUGGUUAUUCGUAUUAACUAUGGCCGUAAUGCGAUAGAAUCGUACUACUUUUUUUUUUUUUUUAAGCUGUUCAUUUCCACAGGUUGUUGCCUAAAAAAGAUUAAGUGAGUCUAUUUAAGUCUGUGUUGGUUGUUUCAUCUAAUGGACAGCCUUGUUUGGCAUUGCUAACUGUACUGCUAAGAGAUUGAGUUAUCCUUCUCCCUUAUUUACAAGCACAAUACAGGAGUGGAAACUAUUUAUUUUCUGUUCUCUCCCAUAUACUAGCCCUGCUAACUGCAGCUAAAGCACAUCUCUGAUGCACGUUGCGAAAUUUAAAUCCUUUCAAAUGAACAAAGAAAGGGGCUUUUAUACCCGAUAGACCAAAUCAUGAAGCUAAAUGCUAUUUCUAUUGCACAUACCUGUCAAUAAAGCUAUAUAUUUUGGUACAGAAGAACGUGGUGUUUGUUGUGGGAUACAUGUGCAUGUAAAUACUGUCCAGAGUCUUGCCCUCUGAUUUUUUUUUCCUCUUCUGUACAUACUGUAAUCAUAUUUCAUUUCUGAUGUUUUAUUAAAGGUCAGUUUACUCUG